ACCCACGCACACAGCCAGCCGCGGCGUCGCGGUUACUAAGGAGUGGGGGUGCGGGGAGAGGUAGUGUGGCAAGCGCCACCGUGGAGCGGCUCCGACAUCCCCGGCAGGUUCGCAGGCGCGCAUCCCGCCUGAUUGGGACGCCACCUCCGCGUACCGCUCGGAAGCGGAAACGACGCCGGAGACAGGUGAAAAAACGCAUCAAGAAACAACAGAAAAAGGAAGGGAAAAGGUCAUUCCCAAGAUCAAAGAUCAAGGAGAUGGUCUCCUCAGGGAUCUACAAGAUGGACGAUGGAAAGCCUCAGCUGAACAACUGCUUUCCAGCCAAAAGUCUGCUUCGGAGGCCGGAGGAAGGCCGGGGACACUGGUUAGUGGCUCGGAAAAGCCACAUGAAGAAGCAGCCCAAGGGUGUGGCUAAGGCACCCGCUGAAUUUCAGGGAGGCUCAAAAAGGGUUUCUUUUGAGACUGGGGUGAAGAAAACGUCUUGGCAAGAAAAACAAGUGGUCAUUCCCGGACUCGUUCUGGAUCGUGCCUUUCUGCUGAAGCACCACUGUGUGAGGAAGCCGUCGGAGCUUUGCACCGUCAACAUCAGCGGCCUGAAAUUCUCCAAGGCCAAAGAAAAGGAUUUCCGGCAUUUUACUUCUGUGAUUUAUAUUAAUGCCUCAGAAAACCUGCUGCCUCUAGAUGCAUUUCACACGUUUCCAGCCUUAAAGGAAUUGGAGCUCGCCUUCAAUGGCAUCAAGAUGGUCUACGUGAAAUACGGGGACUUUAAGACAUUGGAAUUCCUGGACCUUUCUUUCAACAGCCUGACUGAAGAGGCCAUCUGUGAUCUGGGGAUUCUGCCACACCUUCGUGUCCUGCUCCUCACAGGCAACGGGCUCACGUCUCUGCCACCCAACAUGGCCGUCACAGAGCAGGAGGCAUCCUCGACGUCUCUGACAGGCAAGAAGUACAUCUUGAGGUUCCCGGCACUAGAGACACUGAUGCUGGAUGACAACAAACUGUCCAGUCCCAACUGCUUUGCCAGCCUGGCCGGGCUCAGGAGACUAAAGAAGUUAAGCCUGGACCAAAACAAGAUUUCCCGGAUCCCAUACCUGCAGCAGGUCCAGCUCAGGGAUGUGUCGGGGAACUGGGUUAAAGACAGGACAAGUCCCCAGCAAGAGCCCCGGUCCGUGCCACAGCCUCAGUCAUGGAUGCUUGAGGACUCAGACCAGCAACCGGAUUAUACUGUACUGCCCAUGAAAAAGGAUGUUGACCGCACAGAGGUUGUGUUCUCAGCUUACCCUGGAUUUUCAACCUCAGAGACAGCCAAGGUAUGUUCACUUCCUCCAAUAUUCAAGAUUCUUCCUGUGAAGUCACUGAAGGCUAGGAACCAGACGCUGGCCCCGCCCUUCCCAGAGCUGAGGUACCUUAGCCUGGCCUACAAUAAGAUCUCGAAGGAGGAUGCUAUCCUGCCGGCUGCUCUCUUCCCCUCUCUCUGCGAGCUCAUCUUCCACAACAACCCUCUGGUGGCUCACACACGAGGGGUCCCACCACUGCUAAAGAGCUUCCUCCAGGAGCGACUGGGGAUCCACUUAAUUCGAAGGAAGGUAGUGAAAGGCAGGCAUCAUAUUUUGAUGCCUCGGAAGGAAUCGCGGAAGGUGAAAACGUAUGUGCCCAAGGUGCCAAAGCAGCCUCUGAUACCUCAUCACCUGAGCCUGACCACAGGCGAGUCUCCCUCCAGGGAUAUGCUGGAGCCAGAGGAAGGGCUGGCUGAGGAGCCACCCUCUACCAGACUCACCCCCCAUGUCAUACCCAUUGAGGGCAUAGAAGGCCUUUCCCUGUCCCGCCGGACCUUCGUGCCACUGCCCCCCAUCAGCUCGGACUCAACUGUGAACAGUGAAGAGAUAACUCACCAGAGCGAAACAGUCGGUCACGUCAGUCCAGGGCACCCGUCAGACGAGGACACCAAGAGCGUGGAGUCUGUCUUCCUGACCCAGGUAAGUGACCUGCCAUCCUCCAGCACCCGCAGGGAAGAUGCAGAGGCGAAGGCGAGUGAACAAAGGAGACCGCUGACAGCACCCAGAGAGGCGAAGAGCACGAGCAGGAAGCGCGCAUCUGCCUCUGUCCCCAGCAAGUACCAUGGCUACGAGGAGCUGCUCACGGCCAGGCCUGACCCAACCUUCAUCGAGCCCAAGGGCAUCCAGAAGAACACGCAGGCCUUGCAGCGCUCGCUAAAGCAGCCGCUCCUCUGCCGCUCCUCCAAGCCCCGGCUGGACGCCCUCCAGAAGCCCUUCGUCCCCAAGGAGAGGCGGGCGACGAGGAUCCCCAUCCCACCCCCGCGCAAGACUCGGGCGCAGCUGCUGGACGACAUCCUCAUUCGCCUGCGGGACCCCAGGAACGUCACGGAGGCUCCGCUGGGCGCGGUGCUGCGGCGGCGCGCGGAGCAGCGCCUGGAGAACCGGCAGCAGUACCUGGAGGCCAAGCGGCUGCUGCGGGAGUUCCGCGCGCGCUACCGGCAGCUGGUGCGCGGCUCGCUGCGGACGGUGUUCGGGGCCGGCCCGCCGCCGCCGCCCGCCCGCCGCGCGCUCAGCGCCUCCGCCUCCGCCGGCGCCGACGCCCCCGCCAGCGAGCCCAGGUUCGGCCGCUUCCUCGAGAUCAUGGAUGAGUUCUGCCGGGAGCCCACGGCCAGCGACUCCACGGGCUAA